AAGUUCCGCCCUCUCUUGUCUUCAUAACAGUAGCAGCAGCAGCUUCUGUUCAUUCUUCUCACAAUUUCAUAUCAAAGUCUCUCUUUCUAAGCUUUUCUAAACGCUUCAAUGGCUUCCUCAACUCUCUCCAACUCCCUAUUCUCCACCCUCACUCUUCAAUCCUCUCAUUCACGCCACACUCUUCCCCUUUCUUUGCCCCGAUUGUCCAUUUCGCCGCUCAACACUCACUGCAUGUCCGGAUCUCUCGUCUUCUCUAACCAAUCGAACAAGACCCGAAGUUGCAUCAUUGCCAAUUGUUCAAAGGAAAACGUGGGGGAAACUGUACCCAUCGAAUUAAGGUACCCUGCAUUUCCUACUGUGAUGGAUAUAAAUCAGAUUCGAGAAAUUUUACCCCAUCGAUUUCCAUUUCUUUUGGUGGAUAGAGUUAUUGAAUAUAAUCCUGGGGUAUCUGCUGUUGCUAUUAAGAAUGUGACUAUCAAUGAUAACUUUUUCCCUGGUCAUUUCCCUGAGAGACCCAUAAUGCCUGGUGUUCUUAUGGUUGAGGCAUUGGCCCAGGUUGGUGGCCUCGUCAUGUUACAGCCAGAAGUGGGAGGAUCCCGUGAUAAUUUCUUCUUUGCGGGAAUUGACAAAGUUAGAUUCAGAAAACCGGUAAUAGCAGGGGACACCUUAGUUAUGAGAAUGACACUAAUCAAGCUGCAGAAGCGGUUUGGAAUAGCGAAGAUGGAAGGUAAGGCUUAUGUGGGUGGUGAAGUGGUCUGUGAAGGUGAGUUCUUGAUGGCCAUGGGCAGCAGCAGUGAAUGAUAUGUUGCAACAUUUUCCAUAUGAUCAUUUUCUUUCUUGUUUUCCCUUAGUAGUUUUCAAUAGUGUUUGCAGCAUGGACACAUCUAAGAGUUUUGGAUUUGCUAGGUACUAUUUAUCUUCAAACUUAAAUAACUUUUUAAAAAAUUGUUGUUGGAACCUUGAUUCCAAUGAGAACCUACCAAUUUAGUCUGAAAAAUAUCAUUUUGUUUGAUAAAUAUGUGUUGUUGGUUGAGAUUA